AUGGCCACGCGGCUACAGAUUUCCCAGCACGACAAGCAGUACGGCCUGGGCGAGGAGUACCAGCAGCGCUUCCAGAACUUCCUCCGCAACAGGCGCAAGGUGGAGAGGCACAACGCCGGCAACCACACCUUCCAAAUGGGCCUGAACCAGUUUGCAGACAUGACCUUUGAGGAGUUCCGGAAGAAGUACCUCUGGCAGGAGCCUCAGAACUGCUCAGCCACGGAAGGCAACUUCAAGGGCACUGCCGGGUGGCACCCACCGGCUAUGGACUGGAGGAAGAAGGGGAACUAUGUGACGCCGGUCAAGAACCAGGGUCCCUGCGGGAGCUGCUGGACGUUUUCAACCACGGGGUGCCUGGAGUCGGCCAUCGCCAUCGCCACGGGGAAGCUGCCGGACCUGUCGGAGCAGCAGCUGGUCGACUGUGCCCAGGCCUUCAACAACCACGGCUGCAGUGGGGGCCUCCCCAGCCAAGCUUUUGAGUACAUCCGAUACAACCACGGGCUCAUGGGCGAGGACACGUACCCGUACCACGCCAGGAAUGGCACCUGCAAAUUCCAGGCCAAGGAGGCCGUUGCCUUCGUGAAGGACGUUGUCAACAUUACACUGAACGAUGAAGACAGCAUGGUGGAAGCCGUGGGGACCUACAAUCCUGUGAGCUUUGCCUUCGACGUGACCGAGGACUUCAUGUUGUACUCCAAGGGGGUUUACUCCAGCAAAAGCUGUCAGAAGACUCCGGACAAAGUGAAUCACGCCGUCCUGGCCGUGGGCUACGGGGAAGAGAAUGGACUUCCCUACUGGAUUGUCAAGAACUCCUGGGGCUCAGUGUGGGGCAUAGACGGGUACUUCAAUAUCCAGCGGGGAUGCAACAUGUGCGGCCUGGCGGCCUGUGCCUCUUACCCCGUCCCCCAGGUUUAAGCGGAAGGAGAGGCUGUGCUGCGGGCUGAAGACGGAG